CUCCCAACAACUCGAGUUAUUGGGAUCAACUGGUUCAUGACAUGGUAUCAGAGCCUUCUGUGACCGAGAGGUCUUGUGUUCGAUUCCCGGUGACCCCCAUUUGUUAAGCACAUGGUAUUCUUGUCUUCAGACCUGUGCAAACUUCAAGCCCUUGUGAGUGGCUUUCGUUUGAGGGGGCGUGUUAGUGUUGUGGGGGCGUGUUAGUG